AUGAGAUGGAUAUUGCCGCUUCUUGCCAUAUCAACAUCAUCCUCCUCCUCCUCCUCCUCCUCCUCCUCCUCCUCCUCCUCCUCCUCCUCCUCGGCUGCGCCCGGAGAAGGGGGAUCAUAUGUGCUACGCAUUCAGUAUCUUGAGCAUUCAUCAAAUAUGUCAAGGGGCGAGGAGGAUAAUCAAAACAGUUCAAAGCAUAGACGCGAACCCGCGACAUCUGAGUUGGCAAUUCUCGACACUACCCACUGGACUGUUGGACUGGCAAUAUCGGCAAGAGCAUCCGGAGACGGCAAACGUGCAACCCCUCAGCAGCUUGGUGAUGAGAGUGGGCCACUCACAGGACAGGUAUGGUUAGCUCGAAGAGGUCUUGCACACAGAGAUCUGGGUCAUGACAUCUGCAUCACCCUGCAGCACAGAAAAGGAGUUGCGUCUUCACAACAUAUAGAUAGCCUUAGAACAAAGACUGGAUUCCAGCUCAUGAACUCUCGUGAUCAAAGGAUCCAGACAAAGCAGAUGGAGAUAUCUACUAAGUUCUCAUAUCCAAAAGCAUCGGGGUCCCCCACCCCCUCCUCCUCACCACCACCACAUGACUCCACCCACCCACCACCACCUCCCAACACACACACACCCAACUACCAUCAUUCCAGAUCCCAUGUGCGAGCUUCUUUAGCGUCGCUGAUGACUUCAUCAACAGUUCCUCAAACUGUAAGAUUUUCCAUCACCAACAUCAUUAUCAUCAUCAUGGCGUCCAACGCAGCAGCGCGAGGCAAUGGUCCUCAAACGGACAUCAAAAUGAUGAUCCCAGCAAAAAAAGCACAUCCUGAUAAGAUAUUCAGCAGUGAAAGAAUUCAGAGCAAAAUGGGGGACAUGACUGACAGCUUGCUCUUCUGCAUGCAAUAA